UCUAUCCUUAUAUGUUGCCUCUGACCAAUCAGAUCCCCACACGAAGUGUUUGUUGCUUUGUCAGCAAAAUUAAGUUCUUAUUAAAAACAGACUCCGGUAACGGGAUCGGUCUUCUUUUCAUUCAGUAGUCGAUUCGGCCAGUUCCCAAUUUCCUGGCUGGUGCCACGUUGAUGUGUGAAUAUUUUCAAUUUAGUUUCAUAUAUCAUUUGUAGGUUUAACAGGAAAAAUUUCGAUAUGUUCCGGACCGGUUUUCUGCUGGUAUUCUUUUUGAAUGCUGUUUUUGCCGCAGAAGAUAUCAAAACCGAAGAUGGAGUUUUGGUUCUCACCAAAGACAACUUCCAAGGAGUCAUCAAGGAGAAUGAAUUUGUCUUAGUAGAAUUUUAUGCUCCAUGGUGUGGGCACUGUAAAGCUCUAGCCCCUGAAUAUGCUAAGGCUGCCAAACAACUAGAAGAACAGGGAUCCAACAUCAAACUUGGUAAAGUUGAUGCCACAGAAGAAAACAGUCUUGCUGAGCAAUUCAACAUUAGAGGAUACCCCACAUUGAAAUUCUUCAGAAACGGCAGUCCAAUUGAAUACUCAGGAGGAAGACAAGCCGACGAUAUCGUCAACUGGUUGGCAAAGAAGACUGGCCCUCCAGCUAAAGCUUUGAGCUCCGUCGAAGAAGCCAAAGAAUUCAUCGAAGGACACAAUGUAGUUGUCGUUGGUUUCUUCAGUGAACAAACCACUGAUAAUGAAAAUGCCAAGAACUUCCUUAAAGUUGCUGCUGGUUUGGACGAUAUUCCAUUCGGAAUCUCAGCUGAGCAAGCUCUACGUGAUGAAUUUGAAGUUGCCGACAAUACCAUCGUUUUGUUCAAGAAGUUCGACGAACGCAAAGUAGCCUACGAAGGAGACGCUGAUGAAGAUGCUCUCAAAAAAUUCAUCCAAUCCAAUGCCUUACCUCUGUUGGUAGAAUUCAACCAUGAAACUGCCCAAAAGAUCUUCGGUGGUGAAAUUAAGAGCCAUUUGUUAUUGUUCUUGAACAGAGAGGACAAAGACGCAUAUGAUACCAUUUCCGAGGCCGCCAGAUCCGUAGCUAAACCAUUCAAAGAAGAGGUUCUCUUCGUCAGCAUCGAUGCCGAACAAGAAGACAACCAAAGGAUCAUGGAAUUCUUCGGAAUCAAGAAGAACACUGUACCAGCAGCUCGUCUCAUCAGAUUGGAAGAAGAUAUGGCCAAAUACAAGCCAGAAUCUGACGAUUUAACCGCUGAAAACCUCAAGAACUUCGUCCAAGACUUUUUGGAUGGUAAACUUAAGCAACACCUUUUGAACCAAGAAUUGCCUGAAGAUUGGGACAAACAACCUGUCAAGGUAUUGGUUAGCAGCAACUUCGAUAGCGUCGCUCUUGACAGCUCAAAGGACGUCCUCGUAGAAUUCUACGCUCCAUGGUGCGGCCACUGCAAAAACCUCGCUCCCAUCUACGACAAACUCGGAGAACACUUCAAGGACAACAGCGACGUCGUUAUCGCCAAAAUGGACUCCACUGCAAACGAAUUAGAACACACCAAAGUUGUUAACUACCCAACCAUCAAAUUGUACACCAAAGGCAGUAACGAAGCCGUUGAAUACCUCGGCCCAAGAACAUUCGAAGGCCUUGCUAAAUUCGUAGAAUCUGGCGGUAAAGAUGACUCCGAAGAUUCUGCCGAAGAAGAUGCUGAAGACGAUGAUGCUUCCAAGAAAGAUGAGUUGUAGAGCGUAAAAGUGCAUUUGUUAGUUUAACUAUAAAGAACUUUACUUAUAUUUUUUUAGAUUUGUUUUGUACAGAUUUUUGUGAUUUUUUUUUACUAUUAUCGUUUUGUCAGUUUCGCAUGAUUUGUUCAGGAUUUAGGUUUAUUUAUAUUAUCGGAAUAGGAAAUAAUUAACUCUUCAUUUACUGGAGAAUGUAUGAGACUGGUUGUGUUCCGUGCUGUCAUUGUUGACAGUUGUAAAUCCUUUGAACAGUUUUUUAUAAAGUUGAUAAUAUAUUUUGUGGAAUUAUGUAUAAAUAAUAUUAAAUGCGGCUACCACUCAC